CCUCCAAACCUGUUUUCCCCUUUUACGUAAGCUGUUCCAAACAUGUUUGUUCCAACCCCCUGGUGAUGUACCUUUGGAAAGAGUGGUUUUGGGUCCAAAGAUCAGUGCUGGGACAGUGACCUGCCUGCUGCAAACAAGACCCUGCAGAGUAUAAAACCCCAGUGGCACAGUGGAGCAGAGGACAGCCAGAGGCACGCCGAGGCCAGCAGAGGAGGAUGGAGGCCAACAUGAACCUCCUGCAUGAUGUGGGCAUCCAGACCACACACUGGCUGCAGCAGCACUUCCAGGGCUCCCAGGACUGGUUCCUCUUCAUCUCCUAUGCUGCUGAUCUCAGGAAUGCUUUCUUUGUCCUCUUCCCCAUCUGGUUCCACUUCAGUGAAGCAGUGGGCAUCAGGCUCAUCUGGGUGGCUGUAAUUGGAGAUUGGCUCAACCUCGUCUUCAAGUGGAUCCUCUUUGGGGAGAGACCAUACUGGUGGGUCCUUGACACAGACUAUUAUGGCAACAGCUCUGCACCAGAGAUCCAGCAGUUCCCACUCACCUGUGAGACUGGCCCUGGGAGCCCAUCUGGCCAUGCCAUGGGUGCAGCAGGUGUGUACUACGUCAUGGUGACAGCCCUCCUCUCUGCUGCUGGGGGAGAGAAGCAGUCAAGGACACUGGGAUACUGGGUGCUGUGGACAGUGCUUUGGAUUGGGUUCUGGGCAGUUCAGGUCUGUGUCUGCAUGUCCCGAGUCUUCAUUGCCGCUCACUUCCCCCACCAGGUGAUUGCAGGGGUGUUCUCAGGGAUGGCUGUGGCCAAGACCUUCCAGCACGUCCGCUGCAUCUACCAUGCCAGCUUCCAUCGGUACCUGGGCAUCACCAUCUUCCUCUUCAGCUUCACCCUGGGCUUCUACCUGCUGCUGUGGACAUUCGGUGUGGACCUGCUCUGGACACUGGAGAAGGCACAGAAGUGGUGCAGCAACCCCGAGUGGGUCCACAUUGACACCACUCCCUUUGCCAGCCUCCUCCGUAACCUGGGCAUCCUCUUCGGGCUGGGGCUGGCCCUCAACUGCCACCUGUACCAGGAGAGCUCCCGGUUAAAGCAGGGCCAGCAGCUGCCCUUCCGCCUGGGCUGCAUCGCUGCCUCCCUCCUCAUCCUCCACGUCUUUGAUGCCUUCAAGCCUCCCUCCCACAUGCAGCUGCUCUUCUACGCCCUCUCCUUCUGCAAGAGCGCGGCCGUGCCGCUGGCCACCGUCGGCCUCAUCCCCUACUGCCUGUCCCAGCUCCUGGCCACACAGCACAAAAAGGCUGCCUAAGGCACCCCGGGGUGACUCAGGGGCAGCUGCCAGGCCCUGGGUGCACCUCAGCCACUGAUUCUGCACUGGGAGCAGACCAUGGAGGCUGGGCCGGUGCUGCUGGGUGGCUCCCACAACAUGGACCCACAGUGCCAGUCACGCUGGGCUGGGCUGGCUGAGGGCACAGAGAGAGAGCCCUGCAUGCCCACGACUCCCCUGCUGUCCCUCCUGCACCCACAGGUGGGGGUCACCUGCCCAGGACCCAGCAGCAGCAGAGGGAGGUCCUGCACUCCCUUACAGCCCGUGGGGACAGGCCACCUCCGUGCUGCAUGGCUGGGGACAGCACCACUGGCAGCAGGGCUGUCACCUCAGCGAGUCUGGGUCUGCUGAAGAGGCAGCUCUGUGACAGGAAUGGACAGACUGUGACAUGGAGAGCAAGUGCCAGUGUGGGUGAGGGACCCCGAGCCCUGGGACGUUUGGUGCUCACCUCUGUGAUCAGUGUGGGGGCACACACGCCCACGUGGGCACAUGCAGCGCAUGGAUCUGUGCACACAGGACGUGGGGUGGCUAGGGCUGGGCACAGGAGGUGAUUUAUUAAAGCUGAAGGUUGUUUAGCUGGA